AUGUUAGGAGAAUGCAAAGGAGUUGCUAAGUCACGUGAUGAAUUAGACCUGAUUUUAAUUGGUAAAACUGGAAAUGGCAAAAGUGCAACCGGUAACUCUAUACUUAACAAAGAAAAUGCAUUUAAAGACAGCUAUUCUUCUUCUUCAGUGACAAAGUACCCCAAAUAUGAUGCUUGCGACUUCUUAAAUUACAGAAUACAAGUUGUUGAUUGCCCAGGUGUUUUUGAUACAGAGUUAAAUGAAGAAGACGGGGACAUUUUGGUUAAGACAGCUUUACAAAAUGUCUUAUUGGCUAAUCCUAAAGGCUAUCACGCAUUUGUCGUUGUCGUAAAGCUUGGGAGUCGGUUCUCAAAAGAGGAUGAAAAGUCUAUAACUAUUCUAAAAAAUAUACUGGGUAGUGAUUUUUUAAAUAUAUAUGGGAUAAUAGCUUUAACUAAUGGAGACACCUUCAGAAGAGAAAUAGAAAGAAGCGGACAAAGCAUCAAAGAAUUUUGUGAUAGUCAAAAAGGUGCUUUUAAAGAGUUACUGAAUGAAUGUCAUGGCAGAGUUGUUAUUUUUAAUAAUCUGAAUCCUGAUGAUAAAACAAAACACGAACAGAGACAGAAUUUGGUUGACAUGGUUGUCAAAUUAGACACUAAUGGCAAAAGGUACACUAAUGAGCAUUUUAAAAAGGUACAAAUACUCUACAAACAGAUGGUAUACACAAAAGUGUUAAAUACAACCAAGGAUGACAUGAACACACAGAGUUGUAUUUUAGAUAAAAUUUCUAAAACUGGGCAUAUGAGUAGCACUAAGGACAUUAUGUCUUUAAAAAUACUUUUGAAUGAAAUUAUCGACUUUGAGUCUAGUUUAUCAAAAUCUGCUGAUGAUGGAGAAUCAGCAAAUAUUUUGGUUACUAAUCUUAAGCAGUCGCGUUUAUGCGUAGAAGAGAUGAUCAAAGAAACAGAAAAUGCUACAAAUUUAAAUUCUCAACAUACCAAAAUAAAACCCCUGUUAUUAGAUUUUCAAAAUAUUAAACAGAAAUACGACGAAUUGUACUUUUGUACUUUGGAAUCUUUAUUUCAUAGCAAAGAAAUUUCAUUUUUUAACUUGCCUGCUUUUCGUAAGUAAUACAAUAUAUUAGUCAGUAUAAAAU